GGGUGCUACUGGUCUCUCUUUGUCUGUGGUUUCUGGUUAAAAACUGUAUUAAAAAGAGUCUCACCAAAGACCUACAACACGCAGAGAGUUUUCAGUCUCGUGUUCAGACUCAAACAAGAUGCUGCGGAGAAUCGUCGUGAUCACCCUGCUGAUAUCCUCAGCUUGUGCUCUUCACUGGGAAAUGCACAUAAAAGAAUCUAUUGGAAAUCAACUUGAAGAAAGCUCUGGCGAGAUACAAACAGAACAACUCCCUGGAUUGUGCUGGGCUUGCAAGUGGGCCAUGGGGAAGCUGAAAAAACGAAUCUCCAAUGGGACAACUGCGGAUGAAGUAAAAAAGAAGCUUGAAAAUAUCUGUGAUCAGAUUGGCUUCCUGAAAUCACUGUGUAGGAAGUUUGUGAACAAGUACACGGACACUCUGGUCGAAGAACUUUCAACUACUGAUGACGCCAAAACCAUCUGUAUUAACAUUGGUGUUUGCAAGAAAUAGGAAUAGAGUUAAUGACCUUAAGGAAUCCUUGAUAAAUUGAAAAAAAUGCUUUUUUUUUUAUUUUGUUUCUAAAGGGCUUUUCACACUGUACUUAACCCUGAGUUACAGUCAUUCUAAACCCAAUUUUGUAUUCAUUUUUUACCCUGGGUAAAGGAACAUUUCACACUUAUAAUUGAGAAACUGAGUUAGAACCACUUUUUGAAACGAUGUGGUGUUAGAAUGUUACGUUAGACAGUAAUAUAAACUCUGUGCACGACUUAACCAAUAAACGACAUAAGCGGCCGACAAUCCAAUGUGUACGACUAUUUGUGUUCUGGAAAGUGGCAAAUUGAUUGAUUGUUGAUUAACGGAACAUUGUGAGAUUUCAAUGAACUGAAGAGAAUGACUGUUUUUAGUGAUUAUAGAGAGAUUGCUCUUUGCACACUUUCUAGGCUGUAUAAACUCCGAGAAGUAAGUAUCAUGUUUCAUGUACUUUCCUAUGCAUACCGACACAAACAGCUGUGCACUCAUACAAAUGCAUGAAUGCGAUAACUGGACAUUUUCACUUAAUAGGUUACUUUUUCAAUUUGUUUCUUGGCCAACCUUAUCCUGAUAGCACACGUUCGUCACGGAGAUUUAUUUUUUACAUACGAAUAUGUAAACUAGCACAUUAACCCAGAGUUUAAGAAAGUAGUGCGAAACGUCAGCGUAUGAAUAACCAGGAUUAGUUGGUAAAUUAUGAGCAGUGUAAAACAAGAAGCAAGAUAACCAAGGGUUAACGAUUUCAAGUGUGGAAAGCCCACGAGUGUUCGCUUCAGCUGGGAAAGACUAUUAAGAUUUUAGAGAUCACAAGUUUUUAUUUGUGCAUAUUUGUGGUAUACUGUACAAUCGGUUUGACACCAGUUUUCUUGCUCUCUUUUUCCUUUAAUUAAAUGGACAAUAAAUGCAUGAAACUC